UAUGAAGAGCCCCCCAUACCUGGUGAAACUUGUGCUGGAAGCUGUCUGUGUACUGCGGGGUGUCAAGCCAGAACGGAUUAAUGCCACUGAUGGUUCUGCUAAAAAAAUUGAUGACUACUGGGGUCCAUCCAAGAAAAUGCUUGGGGACAUGAAGUUUUUGGAGCAGCUACGGGAGUUUGACAAGGUCACAUCUAACGACAGCUUUGUGUAGAUUUAAUCAAAUACAUUUAAAAAGACUUGAAAGUUUUGUAAUUCCAAUUUCUGACUAUUUCUCAUGUAAGUCACGUGCCAUAAGGAUUAGGAAACAGGAUUUAAACAUUUUUACUAUGUCAGUUGAGAUUAUAUUUCAUUUAACUUUACAGCAUAAUAACUUUAAAAAAAUUGUAAUACAUUUAGGAAUUGAUUGUUGGACUUAAAAUUGUGCAAUUGAUAUUUACACUUUAAAAUAACAUUCAUUUUCAUUGUGAUCAAUAGGACAAUAUCCCCAUAGAAAACAUCAAGAAAAUACGUAAGCAGUAUAUUACUAAUCCAGACUUUGAUCCUGACAAAAUCAAACUUGCAUCCACUGCUUGCGAGGGUCUGUGCAAAUGGGUUAGAGCCAUGGAUAAAUAUGAUGAGUAA